GAGCACAUCGACUUGGGUUGCACGGUGCAUUUCUCCUAAACCGUCGCGAUUUUUAGCUGCGCGUACGACUCUCCUCGACCAGCAAUCGAGCAGCAGGCGGCGGGUCAGCUCAUGUCAGCUGAAAACGAUCGCGGAAAAGCAGUGAUUUGGUGUGUUUCUGUGAUUAUUGCAGUAAGCCAUGAGAACAAUCUGCUGGAAAGCUGCUAAACGGGUAGCGCCAGGGAAUUACAGAGGCUUCGUGUGCAAAUUUGCGUGACAAUAAGCGACAUCAUCCCCCGUCCAUAAAUCAAGAAGUGUUCUCUCGAGUGUGCACUUUGCUGUGCAAGUCAAUUAAGGCGGAACCGACGCUAAGUGUGCUAAGUGUAAAUAUUUGGUGACCAAGUACAAAAAAAAGGCAUCGUAUCGCGUCCGAGUGUUUACCCAAGUUUUCAUCAUAAUGAUGCGCCGCUCAGGCAAGCUUUAAGUGACGUUCUGGCUUGCGAUUUCGAAAGCUCCUCCCUCCAGCCCUUGUCGCAACAUUGUUCGUUCGUUUUUUCUUUUUUUUUUUGUUCCCAAAUCGCCCCAACGGUGGAAACUGGAAUGUCGUUGGAAAACAGCAUAGUUGUCCCACUUUACGUACAACCGUACGACAUUCCAGCGGCCCGUGUUCAUCGCCAGGCACAGUAGUGGUAAAUCCCGAUCGAAAUAAAACAUUAUAGCCGAAUUCCGCAGCGCGCAGGGGAGUAGCUUCGCUGCUCUCGCAGCAGUCGUGUGGCAGGCGUCUGUCCGAGCGUUCCGGAGAGCUCCAAAUACCGGUAACGGUACACGGAACCAUAGUCAAGGAAAAGCUCUCCACGCAACUACUGGAAAGGAAGGCAAAACUGUGCCACAGGCCGUACGCCCCACCCCGUUCCGGCAUAGGAAAGACGCAGUGAAAAGAACGGAGGCCGGUUUUCAUCUCGGGCAGGGCGGAGCAGAAGCAUAUUAAGCAUGGGAAAUUGUGAGCUACUUAAUUUUCUUGUGACGUGACAAAAACUGGAGCAAAGCUGCUGCUGCUGCUGCUGCUGGUGAGAGAUGAGAUUCAUUCGUUCUCGUAAAGUUCCAACGAUCGCUUCGCGGAUUUAUGUGCAGUAUGCGCGGUUUUCCUGUUACUCCUACUGCUGUUAAGACUUAUCUAAACCACAACAAACCACCGGUCAGAAGUCGCCUUAUCGUCGUAAGAAAGGGCAAAGCAAACCCGAACGUGGCUAACUUGGAGCGGUGUGUUAUCUCACACGCAGGUUCCCGCUCAUUGCAAAGCCUUCUCGCGGCUGAACGCAUGCAAACGCGGUAAAGGCAUUCAUAUUCACACCCUGCGAGACACGUAGACGUUUGGCAUUUUAUUAUUAUUUUGCCGGCGUGCGGUUUUUGCUGCGGUUUAUCGCGCGCCACCCGACGACGGUCAAGAGGCGGCGAAGCAGCUGAAGAAGACACAGCAGACAGUCAGAAGGCGGAAAAUGUCCACCGGAAAGCUUAUUAGUUCGAGUUGCUCCGGUGGGGAGUAGCAGAGCAGAGGGGUGGAAGAACUCGUAUGAUGAUGAUGGUACCAGCUCGUCCCCAUGUUUGGCCAUGCCAUGAUGUCAUUCGAAGUGUGAAUUAGCUGAAACAUCAUAUCCCAUACGUUCAACGGUCUGCUGGUGGAGAGCUUUCGCUUGCCGAGUAGCGAGUUAGACGAAAGCAAACAACUCAUCCACAAGACCGCAUCGGUGUGCUCCCGGUGUGCUAACUAAUAGGGAGUUGGACAGACCCCAAAAAGCCUCCCCACAGGACUUUAAAUAAUAACAGAAUCAAUAACAAAGGCGUGCGAGAAUUUUGCUGCUACUCUAUCGAUCAAAGCUCCCUUCUCUCUGUAUGUGCACAUCGAUUCCGAUUGUAGAGAUAGUGUGAAACAGUGUACGCGAUUCCAUCCAUCAUAAGGGCCAGUUUGAAUUGGUUGAACGGCAACAGCAAAAAAAAACCUUACAUCAUCAACCUUCAAAGUUUAUCUAUCGGCCAGCGGUUAAAACAAUCCGACAGGCUCAGCGAGUUGUUCGAAAACGUGUUGUUUGAGGUUGUUUUCACGUUUUUUCUCUUCGCACAAGUAAAUUUGUGCUCGUAACGAUGAGCAACGAAACCGAUCAGGAAACGCCUGCUGCGGGUGGAGAAGGGGAUAUUUUAAAAAAUUCUACCUUACCGGCCCAUCAUCAUCAUCAUCACCACAUAAUGUCCACCAGUGUGGAGGAGGUGGACGAACAGGUACUAGAAGUGGCGACACAGUCAUCGACGACCACCGUGGACAGCAACAACAGCAGCCGAGUGCAAAAGUCAUACAAAAAUUUGCAUGAAUUUUCGGAGGAAAUGCUGGAAACAGAAAAGGCCGGCCUAGUGGAGCGAGUGUACGAUCUCGAACGGCAGGUACUGGAACACAAGGAUGAGAUCGUCUGUCUCAAGUCCACACUGGCCGAUGUGUUGCGUCGACUGGCCACGAUAGAUAACAGCUAUGAGAAUAGCACGAGCGGCAGUGGUCGCGGUGGAACCGGCACGCCUGCGAGUGGCGGUGGAGUAGCGGGCACGGGCGGACAUCAUGCGGUCAGUGAUAACGUGUCCGCCAGCGCACAUAAUAGUUUAUCCAGCAAAAGCUUCCGCUUCUCCCGCAACACUCUCACGAGGCUGAACUCUACGGUGGAGGAAAAACGGUUUGGCCGGGUACCGUCCCGCGUGACCAGCUCACCGUCUCGCAUGAAGCCGAACCUCGCGCAAAAAGCCAUCCACUACUCAAACGGAUCGCUGCAUUCCGACUCGAUGAGCAGUCAUUCGAUCUCACCUGCCCCGUCCCCAUCACCGAGACAACCGAACGCGACCGCAUCGGCCAACUCGCACCAUGCACUGCUCGCCUCCUCCGGUAUGGGAAAGCGGUGGUCCUCGACAGGGGAUUUUGUCAGUACACCGGGCAGCCCCAGCGGUUCCGGAAGCAAUGGAGGAAGCAUGUCCCGUUUCUCGGCCAAAUCACUGCUGAAUCUCAGUGGCAAUUCCAGCCGCCAGGGUCAAUCGCACCCGUACGUACAGCGGAAAAACGAUGACGACGAGUACGUGAAGCUAUACAUUAGCGGUCGUCCGAUCGUAAUUCACUUACCAGAGGCACAACUGUCCACGUACGAAAUGACGAAGGUACAGCCGGCCCCGAACAGACGUUUGCGGCUAGACUGGGCCUACGGAUACCGAGGCAAGGACUGUCGGUCGAAUCUGUACCAACUGCCAACCGGUGAAAUGGUGUACUUCGUGGCCGCCGUAGUCAUUCUGUACAACAUGGACGAACAUACGCAACGACACUACCUCGGGCACACGGACGACGUAAAGAGUUUGGCCGUCCAUCCGAACAAACUGCUGGUAGCGAGUGGACAGUGCGGUGGUCACGAAGGUCGUGAAUCGCUGCCACACAUCCUCAUCUGGAACUCGGUCUCGUUGGCGACGUUAAAUGUGGUGGGUGUGGGCGAGUUUACCGGGUCGAUCAAUUGCAUCUCGUUCAGUCGAGCGGACAGUGGAAGCAUACUGGCCGCUAUUGACGAUUCACCGGACAAGAUCAUUUCGAUUUGGGACUGGCAGAAGAAGGACGGUGGCCGUAAGAUAACGGAAACCAAGUGUUCGGUCGAUACGGUCGUUGCGGUGGAGUUCCAUCCGCUCGAUAAAGGACAAAUCAUUACGAUCGGCAAGAAUCACAUCGCCUUUUGGUCGCUGGAUCAGAACGGUAUGCUCUACAAGCGAAUGGGCGUGUUCGAGAGCUUCGAAAAACCGAAGUACGUGACGGCGAUCUCCUUCACGCAAACGGGUGACGUAGUGACCGGUGACUCGAGUGGUAAUUUGGCCGUUUGGAAGCGUGGUACCAACGUUAUUAGCCGCUUCCUGAAAAAGGUGCACGAAGGCCCCGUGUUCACGAUUUGUGCACUACGCAACGGUGGAUUCGUGACGGGCGGCAAGGAUGGGUUGCUGUUACUGUUCGAUGACGCACUGCACAUGAAGGCGGACCAGAUCGUCGAGGCACACUUCGGUGCGGUACGAGUGGUGGCACAGGGCAAAGGUUCUCAAUUGCUGAUUGGCACGACGAAGAAUUGCAUUUUGUCCGGAGACUUUACGCUUAGCCUCGUACCAAUCGUGAUGGGUCACACGGACAUUCUGUGGUCAUUGGCAACGCAUCCACAGGUGGCUCAAUUUGUUACCGGAGGUAGAGACAGACUGUUGCAGCUGUGGGACUCGUUGUCCCACUCGGUAGUGUGGAGCAAAGACAUCGGUGAACCGAUCCAUUCGGUGCAGAUAUCCAACGGUGGGGAUGUGAUCGUGGCGGGAGGUGUCGGAGGGCGUUGGUCCGUGUUCGAUAUUGUCACACGCGAGCUGUUGGCGACGUACACGGACGGAGCGGAGGUGAUACAGUGCAUGCAGUUUUCCCCCGAUGGAAAUCUGCUGGCAAUCGGUUCCAAAGACAACGGCAUCUACAUCUAUCAGUGUACGAAAGUACCGCACCGGUUUUCCAAGAUUGGAAAGUGCACGGGUCAUUCUAGUUUUAUUUCGCAUCUCGAUUGGUCCAAGGACAGUCAAAUUUUGCGGUCUAAUUCAGGCGACUACGAAUUAUUAUACUGGAACCCAACGCUCUGUCGUCAAAUUACGAGCCAAAGCACGGUGAAGAACCUCGAAUGGGCCACACAGAACUGUUCAGUGAGCUUCGAAACGAUUGGCAUCUGGCCGGAGAACUUUGACGGCACCGACAUCAACAGCGUGUGCAAGGAUGGCGAGGAGCAAUUCCUUGUGUGUGCCGACGAUUUCGGCAAAAUUCGACUGUUCAGUUUUCCAGCAUCGCAGCCAAAGUCGCUAUCGCAUAGUUACAAGGGUCACAGCAGUCAUGUAACAUCGGUACAGUUUAUGCACGAUGGCGUUCGUCUUUUAUCGGCUGGCGGUAUGGACACGAGUGUACUGCAAUGGAGAGUAGUGUAAGGAGGCGAAGUAAGACAGAGAGUUCCACAUUCCACAAAGAUUCACAAAGCAUUUUCAUUUCCCUUCCAAAUCUGCCGCGUCCGCUGUUCUCGUUCUCCCACAUUUUGCAUUGCGGAUGAACAAAGUUUAUUUUAUUUUAUCUAGCACCGAUACUAACUUAUUUUAUCACGUUUAUCGAUAAGAGUAAACCGGCGAAUAAAUUAAUUAAUCGUUCAAAAGGUA